UCUUUAAGUACAUCUAUGGAGUUAUUAACACCAGAGCCACGUUUGCCACAGGUUGAUUCACAUGUCAGUGUGGCUGGUAAUCAUCGAAGAGGCAGUCUAGAAGACUGCUGUCCAGAAGAAAGCAAAGGUGAUGAUGGAGAGAAAUCUGAUGUCAAGGAAGUAAGAACAGAUCGGCAAACCAUAGUGCAGAGUACGACCUUCUUUCUUCAGAAGUGUAUACUGAAUUCCAACGAGUUGUCAGGUUGUAUCUCUAAUUCAGAUUCUGGAGAUGAUAGCACUGAAACACAGACUUCGAAAUUCUGUGAACCUUUCCAAGGAAAACUAACAAACUCUUCCAACUUGGAAGAUUCUGAAGAAACAGAUGUAGAUCCUCAGAUUCAAGCAGCUGUAAAGAAAAUGAAUAAACUUGACACAAUACUGGCAAAAAAACAUUUUAAGGAAAGAACAAUUAAAAAACAAGGCAAAGAAAUGAGGGCAAAGCUCUGGGAAGAACUUCAGUCUAUCAGUACCACUGGAAGCCAUGAGGAGAUAGAAAACACAAAACUUUUUUUAGCUUUGAUCUCAUCAUGGCAGGAUACAGCUGAUCCCUCCCAUGCUAAAGAAGAUGAAAUAUGUACUUCAGUAUUUCACACACAAAUUAAUCCAGAAGACUAUGAUUGCCAUAAAACCCAACAUAAUCAGGGUUAUCCAAGUGAAAUAGAAACAAAUGAAUUUCUUAAUCAAGCAGAAAGAACGCAUAGCAAAAGUAAAAAAAACCAGGAUUUCAUUAAAAAGAACAUUGAGCUAGCAAAGGAUUCAGGAAACCAGGUUGUUAUGCUUGAGGGAGAAAGGAAAAGGCUAAUUGAACUAUUGAAAGAUACAGAAGAUGGAAUUGAAUUGCAAGGUCUUGAGGAGGACGUAUCUGGCUGGCUAGCACCAGGAGAAGGGUACACACCUGAACCGAUGGAAUUUCAUCACCUAAAUGAGAUAGACAUUAAGCUUCAAGUACUACUAUCUCAUGGGGAUUUUUCGGCGAUUUCCAGCUCUUCCUCAAAACCUCCAAGCCAGAUUUAUCAGGAGUCUCUGGUUUAUGCAAACAGAAACCUAGAAGCAGUUCCAGGUGAAAAGGUUCUGCGAGACAAUAAGGAACAACGUGAUCAACAAAAUCGUCUGAAAGAAAUAGAUCAUCAGCUGAAAUCCCUAGAGAGAAAUCUUACUGAAGAACAAAUGGGCCUCUCUGAAGAGCAGCUUAAGACCCUUCUGGAAGAAUGUAUGCAGCCUCAGAGAACAAUAGGCAACGUUACCAUGCCAAAGUCUCAGGAAUCUCUUUCUUGUGGAUUAAGUCCCCCUUGUUACACAAGUCAAGACUCCACUCUUCACUCCACAUCUACUCUUUCCAAAAUGUUAGUUGAAGACCAUAUUGUAGGGAUGUUAAUGGCUCAGGAAAAGGCUGGACUCGAAGACAAAAGCUUAUGUGUUAAUGCAGAGAUUGAAAUCCCUGGCUACUAUAUCAGCAAAACAUUGGUUGAUAGUCACUUAUCAAAGGAUUCACUGGCCCAAACAGAGGAACCUGAUGACCUAGAAGGUUUACAGAAGAUGGGAGAUAAGAGUAUUAUUGAAGGUUACUUUAUGUCAAGAGCACUCAACACAAAAAGGUUGAAGAAACCUUCUUUCUUGGGUGAACCAUUAUAUUGCAUCAGCAUGAACAAUGAGCUGUCCACAGAGGCUGACAUUCUCAGCAUACCACUGCAAACCAAAGGAGGUGAGACUCUUUAA